AUGAAGGUCACCCAGCUAUGGUAUUAUCCCAUAAAGGGCAUCAGAGGUGUCCAAGUCCAAUCAGCCAAAUUAGGACCACAAGGCCUUCAGCAUGACCGCCGUUUCAUGCUCUGCAAGAUCGAAAAGUCCGGUGAACUUACCAAACUUCAGUUAUCCAAACAUCCGGAAUGCAGUCUAUUUGAGCCAGAAGUCGUCGGCGAUAAGAUUCGGGUCAAGUACCUGACGCCGAAAGAGCCGCUUGUGCCGUGGAAACCAGAACAAGACACUGUUCUUGAAGUGCCGAUUGAGCCAAACCUUGAUGAGCUGGCCAAGGCAGACAUCAACCUCCACCAAAGUCGUGUCGUUGCGUAUCGUAUGGGCUCCGAGUAUGACGCCUGGUUCACCGCUUGCUUCGGGUUUGAUACGGCUCUUAUCUACAUUGGUGAUGGUCGACGUCCUGUGCUAGGAACAUUCUCUCCCAAGGCACAAAACACUACCUCAUGGACCUCAUUGCUCGUCAGCUGCCUUUCUGGGAAAACUGUAUCUCCCACCGAAGACGACUGGCUCACCUUCUCUGACUGUGCUCCAUACCUCGUCGCAACGGAAGAGUCUCUCAAUAACGUCAGAACCCGGCUACCAGCAUCCGACGUUGACAUGAAAGCGAUGCGGCCUAACAUUGUCCUGGAUGGGGAAGCAGCAUGGGAUGAGGACUUUUGGGCGCAGCUGGUUAUUAGUGAAACUCACGUUAUAACUCUUACCAAGAAUUGCAACCGGUGCACUUCACUCAACGUGGAUUACGCAACAGGCCGUACAGCUCAGGGAGAGCGUGGGACGGUACUCAAGAAGCUCAUGUCUGACCGAAGGGUUGAUGCUGGAAUGAAAUACUCUCCAGUUUUCGGCAGAUAUGGUUUCCUUACCAGCAAGUCUGAUCAAGACCACACUGUAUCUGUCGGUGACACUGUGGAGGUGGCGGCGCGUCAAGCUGAGCGUGCUGUCUGUGACUGGCCCCAGGGUGAUUCUAAGGCUGCCAGAUAUUAUCGUUUCUCUAACACAAACCCAAAGAUUUCUAUAGUCCUUUCGUUCUGGCUGACGAUUGCGGCCUUGCUAGGAUUGCUACCUUGUUGGCUUUUCUUUUCCUAA